AUGUCUGGUCUUUUGUUUACCUCUCUUUUGAGCAUCACAGCUCCGUUAGUAUCUGCAUAUGCACCUGGCCUUGAGCUGGCCUACUCACUUGAACGCGCGACCCAGGGCAUCAGCAUCUCCGCUAACGGGCGCAAGUUUCUCUCACAGCGGUACUCCACGACGGAGCCACCCCAGGCCGUGGAGCUUCUGAGUGACAAUACAACUGUCCUCUAUCCGAAUGCUGCAUGGAACUCGUACAAUGCGAGUAACCCGAGUUCAAACCCUCGGGAGACCUUCGUCAGUAUUGACGGCGCGCGGAUUGGACCCGACGGGCGGUACUGGCUGGUCGAUGGCGGUUCGCAAGGCAUCAAUGGCUCAACCAAGCUAGUGGGUGUUAAUCUCACCACUGAUGCCGUCGACAAGAUCUACUACCUGGACGACAUCAAGGCAGACGACAGUGGUAUUGAUGAUGUCCGUUUCAAUGCGGCUGGAGACGUUGCAUACUUGAGUGAUACGGCCGGCGCCCUAUUGGUUUUGAACAUGACAACUGGGAACGGCGUGCGUGUCCUUUCAAAUGACGACUCAGCCUCUGCCUGGUAUCCGAUGAUGUACAACGGGACACUGGUACCCGGAUAUGGCGGCGAUGGCAGUACUCUUGCUGUCGGUCUGGACCAAAUUGAAGUAUCGCCGGAUGGGGUUUACUUGUAUUAUCAACCUUGUAAUGGUGGUCUAUACCGAGUCAAGGCCACAUAUGUUGAUGCCACUCUAACCAACGCGACCCUGGCUGCUUCGCUCGGGGACUACGCUGAGCCCUUUGCCCUGACGCCCAGCACUGGAGGAACCACCAUCGAUGGCGAUGGCAACAUCUACGUCAGCGACACCAACCUCCUCGCCAUCUGGAAGGUCACCCCUGAGGGCCGUGCCAGCAUUCUCGUUCAAGAUGACGCUCUUCUCUGGACGGACUUGAUGUGGGUGACAGCGGACAAGAAGCUCUGGCUGCCUGCCUCUCAGAUGCGUCCCGGCAGUGAUGGCUUAAUGGCCGACGGGCCCAACUACAUCUUCACCUAUCCCAUUGGUGCUGGUCCAUCUCCUAUCGAUCAUGCUUAGCGCUUUUUGUGGUGAACCCUAUUGUAUGAACCUCAACGCCGUCUUGUUUCUCUUAUGGACUUUUCCCAUGGAGUCAGACAACGCAGGCCAAUAAUUAAUAUUUCCUAUAGUGAAUGACAGAGAAGAAUCCACUCCUCCCCGGGGGUUCCCUAUUCUAGGUGAAGGAGGCCAAAACUUCCAUGUAUUUCGUAAAGUCGCGGAAUAAUUUUACCAGUAAUUCAACAUGCUCCCUCCGCGUUGGCUAUCCACCUGCAUUAACUUUUGUGGUAUAAGAUCGACAUUGCUAUGGCCUGAUACGGGAUAAGUCCAAAAGCAGAUCGCUCUAAAAGCGCACAACCAGUUUAAUGUUCACAAAAGCUGAAAGUUGACUGCAGCUAGUUAGCUUCCAAGUAGGCCUGAAUACAGCCAAUGUAAG